AUGGAAAUCUUACCUGAUUUUGAAUUCGACUGGACGGCGGCGGAGAAAUCUUACAUAAUCUCUAGCUUCUAUUGGGGCUACAUCUUCACCCAAUUCAUGGGUGGAUAUCUGUGCAAAUUAUUUGGCGUAAAGAGGGUAAUGAUCUGGGCGACCUUCUGCUCGGGUGUUUGCAGUGCCGUGACACCCCCUUUAAUAAAUUGGGGUGGAUGGAGAGCCUACUGUGGCAUCCGUCUGAUCAUGGGCUGUGUUCAGGGCGUAGUUUUCCCCAGCAUUUAUCAGCAUUUGGCACGCUGGUCCCCGCUCGAAGAACGCAAUCGCCUGGGUGCAUUAAGUUAUACGGGAGUUGACUGCGGAAAUGUGUUGUCCAUGUAUGUAAGUGGCAUGAUUGCCAGGAGUCCGAUGGGUUGGCCGGGGAUCUCGUAUAUCUCUGCUGCAGUUGCCUUUGCCUGCUGCACCCUGUGGAUCAUCUUUGGAUCGAAUAAUGCCCACGAAUCUCGUUUUAUUGGUGAAGCCGAGAGGAAUUAUAUAGAAACAUCCCUUCAACAUAGUGAAAACUUUCACAAGGCUAUUAUUCCCAUACCCUGGCGAGCUAUUUUUACCUCUGUUCCUUUCCUGGCUCUUCUCGUCACCCGAUGUGCUGAUAUUUAUGGCUUCAGUACUCUUCAGGCGGAGAUUCCCGCUUACAUGAAUGGAGUUCUACAAAUGGAUAUCACGGACAAUGCUCUGUUUUCGGCGCUGCCUUUCGUGGCCUCAUGGACCAUGUCCUAUGUGUUUAUGAUUGCCUCUGACAUACUUCUCAAAAAUAAAUGGUUAUCCUUGACAUCAAUAAGAAAGACCAUGAGUUCUUUUGCAUUCUGGAUACCGGCUGCCACAUUUAUUGUCAUUGGUUUUCUGGAUGUGGAUCAGAAGACAUGGGCAAUUGUCUUGAUGACCCUCAGCGUGGGAUUCUGCACUGGCUCCGUGAUUGGCAGCUGUUUCAACAUCAUUGACCUGUCACCCAACCAUGCCAGUAUCCUUAUGGGCAUAAUCAAUACUGCGUGCAGUGGGAUGUCUCUUGUCACCCCUUUGAUAGCAGGUGCAAUUGUCACAGACAAGGGUGACCGCUCACAAUGGCAAAUAGUUUUUAUAAUCACCUCCGUGAUAUAUAUUGUGAUUAAUUGUAUAUUUUUAACAUUUGGCACUGCCGUGACACAGCCCUGGGACGCUGAAGACUUUCUGCUAGCUCCGCAUCCUGACCUGGCGAAACCAUCCUCAAUAACUACAAAACUCAAAAAUAAGGCGAUCAGCAAUUAUUCACGAUAG